UUUGCAAUAGGAUGUUUACAGAUGUCUAAUAUUAACACCUCCCCAAAAUGGUUGGUUGUUCUAAGUGGAUUUAUUUGUUGUUUUCUUGGAGCAUCGAUUCCUUAUAUAUCGGGGAUAAUACAUUUAGAAAUAUUAGACAAUUUUGAUAUAACAGACGUGCAGGCAUCUUGGGCAGGAUCAAUAUUCAACAGUAUAGCAAUGUUCAGUUGUCCAGUCGGAAGCCUCCUCUCGAACACAUUCUCCUGUCGAGUAUGUAUUAUUACAGGAUCUGUUGUUGGUCUAAUUGGCUUUGUUCUAACCAGCCUGACAGAGAAUAUCUACAUUAUAUAUGUCACAUAUGGACUAAUAGCAGGUACAAGUCAGUCGCUAAUAUACACAGGAGUAUUAGUUUCAGUUGGAUACUACUUUGACAAAGGGCGUAGUAUAGCAACAGGAAUGGUAGUCAAUGGUUGCGGAGUGGCUAUGCUUGCACUCCCGCCUAUAAUGCAUGAAUGCGUCUCAUCAUUUGGAAUUCAUGGAACGUUUCGUCUGAUCGGUGCCGGCUUUUUCCAGUGUGCAGUAUUUGGCGCAUUGAUGAGACCCAAUAAUGUCGAAAUGAACCGGAAAAUGGACAAUAAAACUAAGAAUACCAAAGAUUUAUAUGAUAACCAAUGUGUAAGAUUGGCAAAAUCUGUAAGGAAUAGUUUAUCGACGUUGGGAAGUGUUGAAUUUUUUCUAUUUUGUUUAAGUACGUUUUGCUGGAAUGUUAGUUUUAACAUUUCUAAUCUUUAUUUUCCAAAAUAUUUUAAAACAAAUGGCGUUUCAAAGUUAGAUGUGAGCUAUUUGAUUUCAGCAACGGGUAUAGGUAAUAUCUGUGGUCGAUACCUCAUUGGACUAGCUGCAAGUGACCGUGAAAUUGAUAGCCGUCUCUUAUUUUUUGGACAGUUCAGCUUGAUUGGAAUUUUCACUCUAUUUUUACCAUUUUUGAAAAGUUUUACUAUCCAGUUUGUAUACAUGACGGCAUUUGGAUUAUAUACAGGGGCUGUAUGGAUUUUACAGACUGUUAUACUUGUUGAACUGGUUUCCCUGUCCAAUUUAGCUUCCGGGUUUGGUAUCGUGAUGUUAUGUGGCGGAUUUGGUCAGCUGGCUGUGCCUCUUCUUGCAGAAAUAUUGGAAAAUGACAGUCAUGACAACGUGCCAGAUAUAGAUCUACCAAAAGCAUUCGCUGUAUCAGGUUCUCUUUACAUUUUAUCAGCUAUACUGUGUGCGUUAACAGCAAGGAAGUCGUCGUCUAAAUAUAGUUCUGUAACAAAUUUAAGCCACGGUGACGAAAAGAAGAAAAAUAAUGACAUUGAAUUAAAUGAUGAUUUAGAAAUGGAAUUAUUUAUAGAAAAACGUUGAAUUUUGAAUUAAUGGUUUGUUAUUUUAUAGAUUUAUCUUUGAGAGGAGCAACAGAUAAUAAUAGAUUAUAGUGAGAUAAGAAAUGAUUGAAACACUAUAUAUUUCAUAUGUCAGAAGCGAUUUUCUCGAUCUGCCUUCAUUAGCAACGCUUAAAGCAUAAUAUUUGAAAGUCCUAUGUAUACGAAGCAAAACAGUUGAAGAGCUAUAUGACAUAAAGAACAUAACAUGUUACCAAUCAUGAUAGUAAAGGCGUAGAGAUAAAACACUAACUAUCGUAUCACUUGACUUUACUUGCAAGGAGCAGCGCGACGGUAACUGGUGACAUGAGUAGGUAAAGAACUGUCUAACCAAUUAGGGUUUUUGAGACUAUCCACUAUAUUUGCGCGGGUGUCUGUAUCACACUCACAGGUCAACUGUCUUCUGGGAGAAGAUUAUAUGAGUUUGAUUAACUUGUGUCUCAUCCCUUCUGCACAUUUAAUCAAAUAAAAUAUGUUUAAAUUAAAUUAACUGUCUAUUGUUUUGUUAACUGUAGUUUUGUUUUGAGCAUAAAGUAUUGUCUGUUUUUCUUUUCGAUUGUUUUAUUUUUAUUGACCGUUGGUAUUUUCCCUCUAGUUUACAAAACAGUAUUUGUAAUAUAGCCAAAUGAUUGUCCAGAAACAAGAGGUUACCAAGAGCUUGAAUCGCUGACCUGGUUAAAGAUGCCAUUUUUAUAUUUUAUUAUUAUACUUAGUGCAAUUUGUUAUGUUUGCUCAUUUGUACAUUUUAUUUAGUGACAUUUUCUAAUUUUAAUUUUUCGUGUUUUAUAUAU